AUGGCCGACAGUGAGGUUGCGAAGCGAGGACCCGACACGCCUCCUGGCCUAUCUCGACCCAACAAAUCCAAUGACCACGAAAACAAAGAGGCUGCGAAGACUACCUACUGCAGCGAUGCCUGCCUGAAAGCCCACAAGCCAGCGCACCAGACCAAGCACGCCCACUUCUGGUCCAAGGUCCCCGCCACGGACAUUAUCAACGUGGAAACCAACGACGGCGUCGAUUUCGCGGGCACCCUGCGCAUCCUGACGACCAGCCGGUUCGGCUUGCGACACAUUAUACGAAGCCUGUCCGAGUAUCCACUCGCGAGCAAGGCCAAGCGCAAGAUCUACAUAUCGGAGGGCCAUGGUAGCGUCCAUUUUGCGCGCACCGUGGCAGCCCUCAUGUGCCUGCUGCCUGGAAAAGAUAAGCAACUAAGCACACUCGACAUGUUUCGCAACGCAGAGGCGGCUGUUCAUCUGGCGUAUUCGACCUGGGUGAGGGAGGAUGUCGAGAAAACCCUGCGCGCACGGGUGUUCGCAGAGCUCGGAUCAGUGCCUCUGGCUCGGUGGGAGGGGCGCGGUCGGCUCAAGGCAGUGUAUCCGGACCUGGGUCUGACGCUCAUGGGCUCGCCGGAUGCAUUGGGCCACUUGGUGAUGCACGUUGGCUGCUUGCCCGAAGGACGGUCCGUCCCUGAUGCUGCUUCUAGAGAUUGCCAAUUGCGCCGAUCGUUGGAUUAUUUGAUGCACGGCGAGGACGAAAACAGUACGUGGGAGCGCAUGUACCCUGCGAGAAGGACUGGCUGGUCGCGCUGGAAGAAUGGCGCUGGGGGCGUGCUGCUGCCAUUUGGGCAUCUGAAGAUUGACGUCUCCAAAAUCAGUCCGAUCUUCUUUGUCGAUGCGGACGUUCGCGGAUUCGCGGCAGAACCGCUGUGCGAAUGGGCUUUUGACGACAUUGUCCCCAGUCGUCAAAGUCGUGCGGAGGGUGACACGUACAGCCAGUUCUUCUCCUACAUACAGGAACAAAUGGUCAGUUUCCGAGAAGUCUUGCAGAUCAGCUCUGUCGAGUUCUUUGUCAUUGCGCGAGAAAAGGGGGACAGCUUCACCGACAACCUGGACAUGCUGGGGCUGGGCCCUGAUGACAAGAUGGACCGCGUCGAAAUUGGCGAGGGCCUAUUGGACAAGCAGCCAAAGUCGACCAUGGUCGACAUUAGCAGCAUCCUCAAGCCGUGCCGAGACUCGCCGCAUGCUACCACACUGUGCUUGCUGACCCACGAGAGCAUUGCCGCCCAGAUCAAGAGCAGCCACAAUGCAGAGCGUAUGGAGGCAAAAUAUCUGUCUGAAACGGGGUGGCAGCAUUCAUUGGACAAUUCAAAGUGUACGUCUUCGCGUGCCGAGGUCUGUCAGAUGGUCCACACUUCCUAUGCCAACUGGCCCUUGCUGGCCGUCAAGGAGCUUUCCGUCCCGCCUUUCAUGGCAGAGCGCGCGGAUGGGCGCCAUGGCAGCGUAAUCUUGGAAGGAUUUUCCGGUCUGCGCAUGCGUCGUCGCCAUCGGGUGGUUCGUGACCGAUGGUCUGGCUUCCCCAUGCGCGACGUCUACCUUCCCAACGGGGCCCAUGACCACAGUCUCGCGCGUCUCAGGGCCUGGCAAGCGUGGGCCUACCCAGAGGCUCUACAAUGGGUCGAGUUCAGGAAAGCCCGUCGCUUUCCCAGUCGGGCCGAUUUGGUCGGGCUCUCGACGCAAAAGGGCCAAAAGACGUUUAUGAGGAGGAAGAAGAUGGCGGCGAGAAAGAAUGUCGCACGGCUGGGGUCGGUCCGGCUGCUGAACCUUGCUGAGAAUCUCUCGGCAGGGGGCUUGGGUUUACUCGCACAGAUUGCCUCUGGGAUGAAAAACCUUGGUUAA